AUGUUUGGUUGGAAUAUCGACGGCCUUUCUUCAGAAAGGGCACCUACAGGACUUGAAUUCAUACUUGAUUUAUUUAAAAUAACCAUUGCCCUGUCGAGUCUUUGGAAAAAUCGUGACUGUAGCCACUCGCAGUCAAGUCAGAUCUUGGUGCCUGGUUUUCUUUCAUAUCUCUCUCGUUAUGCGUCGGGUCUUUACGUUGAAAGAUCUCUUUUCUGGUGUUCGCGACUCGUACCCCCUUGCAACUUUACUAAACCGUUGCCUUCGCCAUUACAAAAACAAUCAUGA